AUGGCUAAGAAGCAAGGUAAUCCAGCUAAGUCUGGUAAGGUUGACAAUAAGACUGUUGAUAAGGUGAACCAAGGUGAUGGUGCUGAUAACAAAACCCACAAGGAGGAGAGAUCGGUUGACGAAAUCGAAGCCGACUUACAAAUUGAGCAAGAAAGCGAAGGGAGCGAGGAAGAAUUGUCUGAAGAAAGCGACGACGACAUAGAAGGGUUAUCUAGUGAAGACGAAGAAGAAGAACAAAAUAAGGGAGGCCAUUCCGUCAAUCUUACGACCAACAAAAAACAAGAUAAACAAAGUAAAGAUGCCAAACAAGAAAAGAAAGGAAUCAUAUAUAUUGGGAGAAUCCCCAAAGGAUUUGAAGAGUUUGAAAUGAAGAAAUACUUCAGCCAAUUUGGCGAUAUCGAGAGAUUGAGAAUAUCAAGAAAUAAAAAAUCGGGAGCAUCAAAACAUUAUGGAUACAUUCAAUUCAAACACUACGACGUUGCCAAGAUUGCGGCAGAAACCAUGAAUAAUUAUUUGAUCUAUGGGCAUUUAUUAAAAGUGCAAGUUAUCGAAGAACCAAAAAAGAAUUUAUUCAUUGGAGACCGUGACCGUAAAUUCAGAGCUAACCAAUGGCAGCAAAAGUUAAUCAACAAGCACAACAACUUGAAAAGUCAAGAUGAAUGGGAUAAAUUGCAAGACGGGUUCAAUUCCCGUAAACAGUCUAGAAGUGAAAACUUAAAGACCAAAGGAAUCAAUUAUAGUUUGUAA